GAAGAGAGCAUAGCGGUGUUCAGGCUACUCCCAGUCUCCACGCCUCCUCCACUCCGCACCCUCACUCCCAGAGAGAGAGGACAUUUCACCUCGCCUCACUGCGCCAUUCUUUUCCGGUCUACGGAAACUAGUCGAUGUUCAACAUGUCCCAGCUCGGCGUUUUCUCUCAUGUCCUAUUCGUUGUGCUGAUGUGCUAUUGCGUGGAAUCAUGUGUCCAGAAGCAUAUCCAUGCACAGGUUCCUGAGAUGCUGGAGCCUGGUUAUGUUGUUACUCGAGUGAAUUUGGAUGGUUGUGGGGUCGGGCCUCUGGGUUUGACCUCCAGUGACCCAGCUUUCACAAUACAAAUGGACGGCACCAUCCAGGCUGUCCUUUUAAACGUAGUUCCAGUGGAUGGCAAGUCUUUCUGGAUAACUGUCCAGGACCACCAGGGUCACAGGUGGUUUAUGGAUGUCAACCUUUCCUCCACUGGUCAGGUGUCCAACAGUGCAGUUCUCAAACGCUCCAAAAGAAGAUGGAGUCCUCCACCUUUCAGUGUCAAGGAGAAUGGCAAGGGUCCUUUCCCCAAGGAUAUGGAAAUGAUUGCAUCAGACACCUCAGUAAAUUACUCACUUUAUUACGUCAUUAGGGGAGCUGGUGUUACCCUUAACCCAGUGGGUCUUUUCUCAGUUAUCACAAAUACUGGCAUGUUAAGAGUCCAUGGCCCCAUUGACCGUGAGCAGUACCCUAAGAUUGUAUUUGUGGCCCAUGCCUAUAACGUCUACAACGAUCAAGAGACUGACAGUCCUCUGCCAAUCACUGUGCUCAUAGAGGAUGAGAAUGACAAUCCUCCAGAGUUCUCUGGCCCUAUGGUCUUUGCUGUGCAGGAGCAAUGUCCAGUUGGCACUGUUGUAGGUACAGUGAAUGCAACAGAUAAGGACGAACCGAACACCCUUCACACCAAGAUCAGGUUCACUCUACAGAAUGGCACCAACCUGUUUCGUAUUGACCCCUCCUCUGGAAUUAUCACUGUCUCUACCAACACAUUGGACAGAGAGACAGUAGAGAAGUACAUUCUUGGAAUAGAGAUCAAAGACAUGAAUGGAGCACCUGACGGUCUUUCCAACAUAGGGAGGGCUGUGGUGUCUCUCACUGAUAUCAAUGAUAACCCACCAACCUUUACUGAAACAUCGUACAACGGCAAGGUGACAGAGAAUGCAGCAGACGUGCUGGUCCUCAGGAUCCCUGUGAAUGACAAGGACUUGAAGAACACCCCCAACUGGAAAGCAGUGUACGAAAUCACCAAGGGAAAUGAGACCGGCAACUUCUUGAUCAAAACUGAUCCGGUCACAAAUGAAGGGCUGCUUUAUGUCACAAAGCCUCUGGAUUAUGAGAAACAGCCGACAGUGAAACUGGAGGUGAUGGCACGUAAUGAGGCUCCUCUUGUAGGAACCAGUGCCAUCUGGCAGAAAGUGCCUGUGGACAUCAGUGUGGAAAAUGUGGACGAAGGACCAGAAUUCUCUGUACCUACACUCCUGCUCAAAGUUAAAGAGAAUGUACCCAACGGGACUCUAAUCGGAAUCUACACAGCCACUGAUCCAGAGACCAAAAGCAGCAAUGGCAUAAACUACUAUAAGUUGAAUGACCCAGGUUCCUGGAUCAAUGUGAUGGGCAGCACUGGCGAGCUGAAGACAGCAAUGACCAUUGACAGAGAAUCACCACUUGUAUAUAAUAAUACAUAUAACAUCACUGUGAAAGCAGUGGAUAAGAGUCAGAAGAGUGGUACUGGUACAGUGGUGAUCCUCAUUGAGGAUGUGAAUGAUAAUGUCCCAAAGAUCCCUAAGCCAAACCAGGUCCUGUGCAGCAAAGACGGUACACGGGGCUCCAUCCUCGUUGAGGCUAAAGACCUUGACCAGAAGCCAUACUCAGAUCCAUUCUCCUUUCAACUGGGCAGUGCGAAUGCUGGGCAAUGGAGGCUAACGGGUGCCACAGGUACCUCAGUAAUGCUGGAGCCAACUAUGGACUUGCCCAAUGGUAUGUACCAAGUCCCAAUACUAGUGAAGGACCUUCAGGGUUUUGGGGAAGAGCAAACAGUGUUCGUGCAAGUAUGUAAAUGUGCAAAGGAGGGAGAGUGUGCACCUCAAAAUUUUUCCACCACACUGGGAGUGUGGGGUAUCCUCGCCAUGCUGCUGGGCCUGCUGCUGCUUCUAUUGCUCUGUCUGCUGUGCAUACUUGUGUGUAGCACAAAGGGAGAGAAACUGCCUAUGGCUGAUGAUGAUGUACCUGGUGGGAUGCUGCUCAAAUCCAACUUUGAAGCUCCAGGGGAGGAAGUGAAAGACGGACUGAUAAUCAUACCUGCCAGUGGGGCAGAUGUAAUGGACAGCUUUAAAGGAGGAGCAAAUUUUGGACAGAAGCAAACUUUUGGAGGCAGCAUGUACCAGAACAACAUGCAGGGCUUCCUGACCACCAACACAUUGUCCUCUGGACAGUACAACACGGGCAUGUACGGCAGCUCCUAUAAGAAAUACUCCACUUUGUCAACGAUGGAUGGGUGGAGGGAAAAUAAGAUUCAGCUUGAUAAAAAACUGGUCUACUUUCGAGAGGAGGCAGCUGCACGAUUUGCAGAGGAUAUCCUGAGGCCUUAUGGGUAUGAGGGAGUGGGCUCUCCUGCAGGGUCUGUUGGGUGCUGUAGUAUCCUCACUGACCAGGAGUCACUGGAUUUCCUUGAUUCGCUUGGACCCAAGUUCAAACCGCUUGCUGAUGUAUGCACAAGCAAAUCACAGAGGGGAGGGCAAUGAAAUAGGUGGAGAUAAUGAUUAGAAAAUAGGAGAAAUGACCUGAGAUCAUUUGGAGUAGCUUAUUAGAAUGGAUCUGUCUUCGCUGAGACAAAGAGGAGGAUAAGGAGAAAUGCAGAUACGCUGGAUGUUGUGAACACAACCACUGAAAUCUGUCACCAAACACUAAAGCCUUAUGUAUUACUAUCUGGAGUCUACGCCAGAAAAAGGACUGCUCCUUUCAGAUUAAGUGUGUGGAGUAUGUGAGUAUGUGUGUAUGUGUGUUUUAUACUUGAUUUGCUUUGGUUUGCUGUUUUGUGUACUACUAUAGGCUGGAUCUCACUGUCAAAGCACUGUCAAAGCCAAUGAAUUUUUGUAUGAUUAUUUCUCUAUUGUGUAAUAAAACAAUUUUCCAUGGGGACUGGGAGGCCCUAGCAUGUCCCAGCAGCACCCAAAUUUUAAUGGGUCUCGGGGCAGGGGGCUCAUGUCUCCUGCCUCUAAAAUGGUUGAAUUCCAUUUCUGAAACUGCAAAUCUAUAGAAGACUACGAGCAUUUUCUAUAUUUAGUUUCUACUAUAACAAGCUUGCUUUUAAUUAUUAAACUUGAAUGAAUAUAAUGAAUGUAAAGCUUUCAGAGACACGUCUUUCCAUUUUUACUGGUUGUCUCUGUAGGGGAUGUUGGUGCUGGUAUAUUGCUAGUUCUUGUUAGAACCCUGUCACGAUGGUUCUGAGUAUUACUAAGGGACUGAUGGGUUCUAAAAACCAUUUGAUAGAAAAUUUUAUGGGCUCAAGAAUGAAGUGACAGUAAGUUUAAACAGGAAUAAUGGAGACUGCUGGUCUAUGACAGUUUCUCUGCAUUGACUCUGCAUUUCGUGUUUCACGCAAGAUGUGAACCUGCAGCAUGAUUAUGUGUGAGUCACAUAUCAGAAACUCAUCAAACCAAACUCAUUCCACUAUUCUUUAUAAACUACUGUUGUUAAUGCUUUGUUGGUAUGCUUUUGUGUGAAAUGGGAAUACUUUAUACCAUACGGUUCACUCUAAGAUUGUGUCAUGAAGAUAUUAAAUAAGGAAUAAUACACAACGUGGCAUGCGGUAGGAGAAUUAGCAGCUAGCACCAAUGGGCUGGUGGGAUGCAGCCUUGGAGUGUUUUAUUCUUCUUAUACUACAGCAAUUUGUCAACAAUUACAGAUUAUUAAGGAAUGACUCAUUGUGCAUUUUAUCUGUUCAUAGUUACAUGUUGUGGGACAUCUGCAAGGCAAGUUAGUUCUUGUUAUCACUUACAUUAUAGCAGCUAUAAACUGUCGUUCCUUCACCAGCCUCUCAUUUUCUCUCUCUUGAAGUGAAUAAAUGCAAACUGUCAUCUUACCAAGAACCAGUAAAGUGUAAAGUCCUCUGUCUUGAAGACUCUCCUGUUUCAGAAAACCUCCUGACUGUUAAAUAGAGCAGACACUGGAGACUCCUUCCAUCUCCUUAAAGAAAACUUCAAUGAUUGUUUUUCUUUGUUAAAUAACAACACUCUUUUUAACCUGGUUUUUUUUAAGCCUUAGAUCAUGUAGUGCAAUGGUCUUAAAAAAAUCUACACACUCCUGUUAAAAUGGAAGGUUUUUGUGAUGUAAAAAAAAUGAAACCAAUAUAAAUUAUGUUAGAACUUUUUCCACCUUCAAAGUGAAAUUACAAUGUAUAAAAAUUAAGUGAAAAACAAUCAGAAACUUUUUAAGGAGAAAGGAAAAAUAAAAAACAGUGACCUAGUUGCAUAAGUGUGCACACCCCUAAACUAAUACAUUGUAGAAGCACCUUUUGAUUUUAUUACACCAUGCAGUCUUUUGGGCUAAGAGCCUUUCAGCGUGGCACUUCUUGACUUGGCAAUAUUUUCCCACUCUUUCUUGAAAAAACAUUCUAGGUCCAUCAAAUUGUAAGGGCAUCUCCUGUGCACAGCCUGCUUCAGGUCACCCCUCAGAGUUUUAGUUGGAUUCAGGUCUGGGCUCUGACUAGGCUGUUGAAAAACACUGAUCUUCUUUUGGUUAAGCCAUUCCUUUGUUGAUUUGGAUGUAUGCUUUGGGUCAUACUGAUAAGUGACAUUCCUUUUCAUCUUAGGCUUACUAGCAGAUACCUGAAAGUUUUUCACUUAAAUCAACUGGUAUUUGUAGCUAUUCAUGAUUCCCUCCACCUUGAUAAAAGCCUCAGUCCUGACUGAGGUAAAGAAGCCCUAAAGUAUGAUGCUGCCACCACCAUGCUUCACCCUGGGUAUGGUGUUCUUCUGGUGAUGUGCACCAGACAUACCUUUUGGAAUUAUGAAAUUAUUAUACCUUUUGGAAUUGGUCUCAACAGACUAUAACACAUUUUGCCACAUGGAUGGGCUUCCAUCUAGCCACCCUACCCCAUAGCCCAGACAUGUGAAGAAUACAAGAGAUUGUUGUCAUAUGCAGAGAGGAAUCAGUAUGUGUCGGAUAUUCCUGCAGCUCCUUUAAUGUUUCUGUAGGUCUCUUGGCAGCCUCCCUGGUAAGUUUUUGUCUUGUGCUUUUAUAAAUUUUGGAAGGACGUCCUGUUCUUGGUGAUUUCACUGUGGUGCUCCAUUUUCUCCACUUAUUGAUGAUAGCCUUUACGGUGUUCCAUGGUAUAUCUAAUGUUUUGGAAAUUCUUUUAUACACCUCUCCUGAUCGAUGUCUUUCAACAAGUAAGAUUGCGUGCAUGCUUUGUAAGCUCUUUGCGGUGCAUGCAGUCAGCAGUUGGAUGAAACAGAAGAUGUGAAUAAAAUCCUACAGAAACAGCUGGUCUUCAUUUGGGGUUAAUCAGAAUAAUUUCAUUGAUGACAGCCGUAUGGUAAUUACUUUGGACCAUGAGAUUGAAUGUGAUUGGUUCAUUUUGAACAUAGACACAUCCCCAAUUAUGUAACUUAUGCAACCAGGUUAUUGUAACUUUUUUUAUUGUUCCUAUUUUCCUAUUAUUUUUUUUCACUUAAUUUUUUAUGUUGUAAAAAACUCUGACAUGAUUUAUCUUAGUUUCAUUUUUUCAAUCACAAAAAUCUGUCAUUUUAACAGAGGUGUGUUGAUAUUUUAUAUCCACUGUAUGUUGCCAAAAAAAAAAAAAAAAAAAAAAAACCUGACCAAGAGUAAUGCCAUUUUAUUUUAUGAACAGUAAAGCAGUUCAUCUACCAGUACAGGAUUCAAUAAUCACAGUAAUGCAGUUCAAAUAGCAAGAGGGAACAACAGGAACAGAAACAUGUUAAUACCGUGAAUACAUGCUAAUUCCACAUGCACAGUUAGAAUGUAGAGUUCAAAUUAUAAAGGCUACAGUGUUAACAUUUUGUCUCAUUUAGUCAGUGUAAUGGUUGUGCCUGAACUCAGUCAGUGCCUUAUAAUUUGGUACAUAGGUUGAGACUGCUAGCCUAAUGUGGUUGUUCAGGUGUCGGACGUGUGCGCUACUUGGACUUGAUGAUUUUCAUUUGUGAAAAAUCCUUGAGAAUCUGAUCAGAAAUGUCCUCGGAUAACAGCUCCACUCUUCUCAUUACCAUUGCUGGACCAAGUGGCACACUUUUGCCAUUUUAAUGUUAUCUUAGUUUUUAAAAUCUGUGAAUAAUGUUUCAGUGGUGGCAGUCAUUACUUUUUUU